UCAAACAGGGGCGGUAGCCCUUGUGGUUAGAGCGUGGGGCCGAAAGGUUGCCGGAUCGAAUCCCCGAGCUGACAAGGUACAAAUCUCUCGUUCUUGCCCUGAACAAGGAAGUUGUUCCACGGUAGGUCGUCAUUGUAAAUAAGAAUGUGUUCUUAACCGACUUGCCGAGUUUUUAAUAAAUAAACGUGUGAAAAAAAGUAUAGCGAAACAAAACACGAUUUCCUUGUUCAGAGUUUGAAGCGUAUGACUGACGUCAUCGCCUCCAAUAUACUGUUGUAGCCUACUGUCCACCGUGAAACUGCUCAUAACAGAGCAAGAUAUUUCACAUGGAUAACAACACGAACAUGAAUGGCCGAAACUGUUGGACUAUAAAUUACUGGUGUGACAUAUGAGCACUGCCCGAAGAGAGAUGAACAUAGAAGUCUGUCCCAUCCCAAAGCUGUACCCAGUCGCAGAGGUCUUCCCAUGGAAUGAGUUCUCCUACACAGCCCGUCUGAGCCCCACAGAGCCCCACGAAACAGACGGAUGGCUCUCCGCUCUGCCUGCCUUCCACAAUCAUCAUCCACCCUAUCCCAUCUGUGAGAGAAUGCACCAGAGUGGCACCCAAUGCUCUGCUCCAGAGGUGAGUGGCAAGAACGCCACAGACCCUGGAGAGGCUCAGCUGGACUUCUACCGUAAACUGGGCUACUCCCCAGCGCAGGUCCAGACCGUGCUGCAGAAGUUUGGCCUGAACACAGACACUAACAGGAUUCUGGGGGAGCUGGUGCAGACUGGAGCCAGCCCAGAAGGGAUGGAGAAGGAGGGAGCCCCAACUACCAUGUCUGUCCUGAUUGCUAGAGGGGAGACCCUUAGUAGCCUGCCCCUCACCCCUCCACCAAUUUGGGAGGAUGCAGCCAGUGAGGAGGAAGAUGACCUGAAACCCAUAGUGAUCGAUGGGAGUAAUAUGGCUAUGAGCCACGGGAACAAGGAAGUGUUUUCCUGCCUGGGAAUCCAGCUGGCUGUGAACUUCUUCCUGGACAGGGGUCAUACUGAUAUCACUGUGUUUGUUCCCUCAUGGAGGAAGGAGCAGCCCAGACCAGAUGUCCCCAUCACAGAUCAACACAUUUUGCGUGAGCUGGAGAAAAAGAAAAUCAUGGUGUUCACCCCUUCGCGGCGUGUAGCGGGCAGACGUGUGGUCUGCUACGAUGAUCGCUUCAUCGUCAAGCUGGCGUACGAGUCAGACGGCGUCAUCGUAUCCAACGACACAUACCGUGACCUUCAGGGCGAGAGACAGGAGUGGAAGCGCUUCAUCGAGGAGAGGCUGCUCAUGUUCUCGUUCGUCAAUGACAAGUUCAUGCCCCCUGAUGACCCCCUGGGUCGCCAUGGUCCCACUCUGGAGAACUUUCUACGGAAGGUUCCUCGGUUACCACGCAAACAGCCAUGUCCUUACGGAAGGAAAUGCACUUAUGGAAUAAAGUGUAAAUUCUACCACCCGGAGCGAGUCAACCAAUCCAAUCGCUCUUUGGCUGACGAGCUGCGGGAGAAGGCCAAGCUGCCCUGGUCACAACAGAAACACCCCACCACAGGUCCUGGACUUGCCUAUGGCCUUUCCCUGGAGGAGCAGAUGGCUCAGAAACUGACCCUAGAACAGUGGAAUGGCUCCUUGAAGAAAGGCCUCACCAGUGAGAAUGUUCUCCUUCUCAAGGGAGGCCAUCGCUCCAGCUGGACGUCCCCAGCUAAGAAGGCCAGCACCAACCGACAUUCCCCGACUGACCUGGACUCGGCCCUGAACAGUGGCUCUCAAGAGAGGCUAGAUUCUGGGCUGGGCUCCUUCGAGAGCCAGGCAUCUGACCCCUCUAGAAACCACUGUGAUCACUACAGCAACGCUGGGUACAGGAACUGCCAGUCAAAGUCUGCCCCCAGUAUGAAACAACAACGCUAUUCUCUCCCUAGCGACCUGCCUUGUAGCUGCUGCUCCCAUGCUCCUCAGCCUUCAGGCCCCAGUGCAGGAUACCAACAACACCACAGCCCACACCACAGCAUGGGCCCAGCCAGCACCCACAACCCAGACAUGAUGACCUAUUACCCCCCUUGUUACGCCAACUAUGGAAUACCAAUGUAUCCAGUUAGUAUGCAUCAGUAUAGCCACCCCAGUGACUUCCAACAGCAGGGCAGGGUCCACCGUUCACAGCAGACCUUCUGGUCAGACCCGUUUGGGACUUAUCCUCAGACUCUCCAUUGCAUUGCUCAGGUGGAGCAGCAGAGACACUGGUCCCCUGCCCGGACACAGCCGAGCCCCCAUGGGGAGUGCAGGGAGAGGAAGGAUGUCAGGAAGAAGCUGCUGGCCAUCUUUAACGGCCGUCUGGUGGACAGGGCAAUGGACAUGUUCCCCCAUCUCAUGGACCCACAGAGACUGGCUGCUGAGAUCCUCACCCUGAGAUCCUCUCAGGGCCUGUGAUUGGCUCGUUGCUCUGAGAUGGAGGGAUUUGUAGUUUUUCAGUUGAAAGAGUUUCUCUUGAAAAAAUGUCCAAUCUACUAUAAAGAUCUGUGUUUCCACUUUAGGGAAUCAUUGAUCUUCCUACUGUAUUUCCUUUGCCAAAUGUGUUCUUGCUAAGUGUUUCAGGAACUAGGUCGCUUAUAUUGCCUCGAACAUAAAACCGGAGGCAAUUGAUUGUUGAUGCAAGUUGUAUCUAUUUAAUAAAUCUUUCUAGACCCUCGAGUGUAUUCGAUGGGUAAAAGUAAUGUAUUUGAGGAGCAAUAUUCUUACAGAAUGUAUGUACAGUGGAGCAAAAAAGUAUUUAGUCAGCCACCAAUUGUGCAAGUUCUCCCACUUAAAAAUAUGAGAGAGGCCUGUAAUUUUCAUCAUAGGCACACUUCAUCUAUGACAGACAAAUGAGAACAAAUUUUCCCAGAAAAUCACAUUGUAGGAUUUUUAAUGAAUUUAUUUGCAAAUUGUGGUGGAAAAUAAGUAUUUGAUCAAUAACAAAAGUCUCAAUACUUUGUUAUAUACCCUUUGUUGGCAAUGACAGAGGUCAAAUGUUUUCUGUAAGUCUUCACAAGGUUUUCACACACUGUUGCUGGUAUUUUGGCCCAUUCCUCCUUGCAGAUCUCUAGAGCAGUGAUGUUUUGGGGCUAUUGCUGGACAACAUGGACUUUCAACUCCCUUCUAUGGGGUUGAGAUCUGGAGACUGGCUAGGCCAUUCCAGGACCUUGAAAUGCUUCUUACGAAGCCACUCCUUCGUUGCCCGGGCGGUGUGUUUGGGAUCAUUGUCAUGCUGAAAGACCCAGCCACGUUUCAUCUUCAAUGCCCUUGCUGAUGGAAGGAGGUUUUCACUCAAAAUCUCACGAUACAUGGCCCCAUUCAUUCUUUCCUUUACACGGAUCAGUUGUCCUGGUCCCUUUGCAGAAAAACAGCCCCAAAGCAUGAUGUUUCCUCCCCCAUGCUUCACAGUAGGUAUGCUGUUCUUUAGAUGCAACUCAGCAUUCUUUAACCUCCAAACACGACGAGUUGAGUUUUUACCAAAAAGUUAUAUUUUGGUUUUAUCUGACCAUAUGCCAUUCUCCCAAUCUUCUUCUGGAUCAUCCAAAUGCUCUCUAGCCAACUUCAGACGGGCCUGGACAUGUACUGGCUUAAGCAGGGGGACACGUCUGGCACUGCAGGAUUUGAGUCCCUGGCGGCGUAGUGUGUUACUGUUGGUAGGCUUCGUUACUUUGGUCCCAGCUCUCUGCAGGUCAUUCACUAGGUCCCCCGUGUGGUUCUGGGAUUUUUGCUCACCGUUCUUGUGAUCAUUUUGACCCCACGGGGUGAGAUCUUGCGUGGAGCCCCAGAUCGAGGGAGAUUAUCAGUGGUCUUGUAUGUCUUCCAUUUCCUAAUAAUUGAUCCCACAGUUGAUUUCUUCAAACCAAGCUGCUUACCUAUUGCAGAUUCAGUCUUCCCAGCCUGGUGCAGGUCUACAAUUUUCUUUCUGGUGUCCUUUGACAGCUCUUUGGUCUUGGCCAUAGUGGAGUUUGGAGUGUGACUGUUUGAGGUUGUGGACAGGUGUCUUUUUUAUACUGAUAACAAGUUCAAACAGCUGCCAUUAAUACAGGUAACGAGUGGAGGACAGAGGAGCCUCUUAAAGAAGAAGUUACAGGUCUGUGAGAGCAAGAAAUCUUGCUUGUUUGUAGGUGACCAAAUACUUAUUUUCCACCAUAAUUUGCAAAUAAAUAAAUUUAAAAAUCCUACAAUGUGAUUUUCUUGGAGUUUGCCAAAAGGCACCUAAAGACUCUCAGACCAUGAGAAACAAUAUUCUCUGGUCUGAUGAAACCAAGAUUGAAGUCUUUAGCCUGAAUGCCAAGCUUAACGUCUGGAGGAAUCCUGGUACCAUCCCUACGGUGAAGCAUGGUGGUGGGAGCAUCAUGCUGUGGGGAUGUUUUUCAGUGGCAGGGACUGGGAGACUAGUCAGGAUCCAGAGAAUAAUGAAUGGAGUAAAGUACAGAGCGAUCAUUGAUGAAAACCUGCUCCAGAGCACUCAGGACCUCAGACUGGGGCGAAGGUUCACCUUCCAACAGGACAACAACCCUAAGCACAAUGCCAAGACAACGCAGGAGUGGCUUCGGGACAAGUCUCAAUGUCCUUAAGAGACCCAGCCAGAGCCUGGACUUGAACCCGAUCGAAUAUCUCUGGAGAGACCUGAAAAUAGCUGUGCAGUGACGCUCCCCAUCCAACCUGACAGAUCUUGAGAGGAUCUGCAGAGAAGAAUGGGAGAAACUCACCAAAUACAGGUGUGCCAAGCUUAUAGUGUCAUACCCAAAAACACUUGAGGCUGUAAUCACUGCCAAAGGUGAUUCAACAAAGUAGAGAGUAAACGGUUUGAAUACUGUUGUUAACAAUUUAUUUUUAAUAUAUUUGCAAAAAUUCUGAAACACUGUUUUUGCUUUGGCGUUGUCACAGAAUGUGGGGUCUGAAUACUUUCUGAAUGCACUAUGUGUGUUCAUUAGCUGCCAAGGGUGUUUUUUUCUUUUCUUCAGUGAGCAAUUAAUUUCAGUUUUUGUAUCAAGACGUGAGAUGGGUUAGAUCAUGCACAGUGUGACCAAGUAGCAACACAGAGACAUGUAUUGGUGAACAGCCAAAACAGAUGGAUCUGAUGUGGAGUAUCAGAAUUAAAUGUUAUAAAUUAGUCUGUGAAAGUUUCUCCCCAAAUGUUUAUAAUGUUUUAGACAAAGCUUUACAGAUGAAACAUGAUGUGACAAUGGAUAAUAUGUAGGAAAGUUAUUUUGUUUUGUCACAGUUUUGGUAGUGGUACUGAUAAGCUUUCAUCUUUUGGGGGAGUUGUAAGUCUUUCUACUGCAAAACUUCUGUUGUGACUCAUUGUGCUGGGAGCUGUUCAUACGUGCUAUUCACUGCUAUUAUUGCUGAUGGGAAAAUAUAAUAGUUAUUUUGAGAAUGAGGAAAUUCACCAAACUGCUGUUGUUUGUUUAAUAAAUUCAUGACUCAUUUUGAGGGAA